AAAAUUUAUAAAUUAUUAUUAUCGAUUAAAGUGCACGCUUCGCUAUAGUUUAUAUUAUCCAGAAAAAAAGCAGUUUGUUUUAAACUAUGUUAUUGAUUGGUUAUCAAAUGUUAUCACAAAAUUUAUAUUAGUUUUUACACUGAUGACAAGUCCAUCUUACGCAGUACAGGGCUUAUAAAUGCGCUACCAGGAACUUUCAAGAAUAUUAUUCUCAAUACUUCACGUGUAAAAGUAGUGCUAAAAAAUGGCAGUAAAAUUAUACGGUAGCAUCAUCAGUCCCCCAACAAGGGCAGUUUUAAUGUGUGCAAAAGCAUUGGGGGUGGAUCUAAAAUUGAUUCCUAUCGAUUUAGUGGCUAGUGAACAAAUUUCAGAAGAUUUCAUGAAGAUAAAUCCUUGCCAUACCAUACCAGUACUCGAAGACGACGAUGGAUUUAUUGUAACCGACAGUCAUGUCAUAAAUGAAUAUUUAGUUGAUAAGUAUGGAAAGAAUGAUUCGUUAAAUCCCAAAGAUCGUAAAGUUAGAGCUACAAUUAAUCAUCGACUACACUUCGAUUCUAGUGUAUUUUUCGUAAAAGGAGUGAACAUAGUUAAACCGCUGGUUUUUGGUGGAGGUGUGCAACCAGAUAAAACCAAAUUGGAAACUUUAAAGGAAGUGUUUCUUGUAGUCGAGCGAAUGCUUGAACAAUGCAAAAGCCUCUACAUUGCAGGCAACGAAUUAAGCAUUGCAGACUUUAGCUUUACAUCCACAAUUACACAAUGGAAUAUAUUUGUUCCCUAUGCCGAUUUUCCGAAUAUCAAAUCCUACAUUGAGCGAAUUCAAAAACUUCCGUUUUACGAAGCCAACAGAGAAGGACUUGCUGAGUGCAAUGCAUUGAUAGCCUCAUUUCUUAGGCGUAAAUCUAGUAGCAAUAGAAACCUAAAAACGUUAGGGGAUAAAAUGGGCCUUAAACUUUACGGAGCUGAAAUCAGCCCUUGUGUUAGGGCCGUGUUGCUAACUAUCGAAGCUCUAGAAUUGAAGGGUGUGGAGUUUGUAGAUGUGGACUUGCUUAAUGGAGGCACGCAAACUGCAGCUUUUUCAGCCAUUAACCCGCUUCAAAAAGUGCCAACAAUACAAGAUGGAGACUUAAUAUUGUGGGACAGUCACGCCAUCAACGCCUACAUAGUGAGCAAAUAUGGAAAAACUGACAGUCUCUAUCCGAAAGAUCCCAAAAAGCGGGCUUUAGUUGAUGCAAUGAACUUCUUUGAUACUGGAUUUUUAUUUGCAGGACACGACGUUGCUAUAAAAUCAAUUGUUACUUCACCAACACCCACUAGUGUAGACUCCCAGAUAGCGAAACCCCUUGAAGAGGCAUAUGCUUACUUGAAUACAAUUUUAGAAAAACGUGCCUACGUCGCUGGCUCUCAGCUCACUAUCGCUGACUUUAGCAUAGCUACGACUUUAUCGUCAUCGACGAGUUAUUUACCGCUAACACCCGGCAAACAUGACAAAGUCCUGGCAUGGUACCAAACGAUUAAAUCCCUGCCGUAUUUUGCGAAAGUAAAUGCUGCUGGGUUAAAGCAAGUCAAGGAGGUUUUAAGCAAGAAACUUGCCUAAGUGCAUAUGGGUUUGAAAAUGUUUUCUCAAAGUAAAUGCAUUCAAAAUCA